UCAAUUGUUUAAUUCGUUUUAAAUGACGUUUUCCCUCUAAAAAAUUUUACUGUGAAUGAUUGUUCUAAUCCUAUACAACAUUAAACGUUUUACCUAUUUUUUUAGUUUUGUGUAAAAAAUAUGCCGCGAGUGGAUCCGAAGUGAACAUGAACCAGAGUGAAAGUCAUCAGGGUUUUUACGAUGCCUUCGAGUCGGAGAAUAUUCCAGGCGAGGUAGAAAUGGAAACAGUUAAACUGGAUAACGCGGAGUUUCGGUUGGCGCAAGGGUUCACGGUGUCAAGUCCGAGGUCAACUCAAAGCGGCGCUUCCUCGAGCGCGGUCUUCAACAUCUCAUCAUCGAAAAAAGAGCCAAACACUCGACAACGCCCGAAAUCUGCCCGAUCAAUUUCACAACCUGCAUCGAAAGUUUUGUCGGUAAGACCGACACCCGUAUCAUCGAGCAUUCCUUUGCCAGUAAAAACCUCUGGGCCCAUUAAGAACCCUAGUCUUGUAAAGAAUGUCAAAACAACCAGCAGGAUGCCAACACCAUCUAAACCCGUAGCGCCCUCUAAUAAUAAGCACACAUUAGAAAUUCAGUUUCUCAAUAAAAAUAAGCGAUACGUUCAGAUGAAAAAGGACCUCCAGGAGAAGCAAAAACCGAUUAUCGAAUUAUAUCAGAAUUUAGUUCAAAUCAAAAAGCGAUUAGAAGAGUUUGGCAAAAAUGUGAAGGUGGACGAGGUCAAAUUGAUAACGUUUGACGAGAUGAACAAGAAGCCACAAAAUAAUCUGGGAGGUGGAGAAGAGAUUUCAAUGGAAGUUGUCAAUGGCAUGAAAAGCAGCAUCGAAGAAAUUCCAAAGACCCUUAUGGAUAUUUGCAAAAACCUUUUGAGUCGAAGAGCUCUUAUAGUGGAGUUACUGGAAAGCGUUACGAAGUCCGAGGUAGACGUAACCCAGGUGUCCGAUAAGAUUGAAUCACUUAAGUGUGAAGGUCUGCAGCUCCAGCAGUCCCUCGACGGGGUGAUACGAGAACACGAGGCUAAAAUUACGAAUUUGGUGCAGAACUGGCAGAAAUUGCUGAACGACAAAAAAGCCCUGAACACAGAUUCGAAAAUUGAGGAGCUCGAAUUGAAACUGAAGGAGGAGGAACAACUGAGGGAAAACUCGGUGACGGUAAUUCAGGAUUUGCAACGAAAAAUGGAGGAAAAGAAGUUUUCGUACGAUCGAUCUCUGGCGGAAUUGAAUGGUGUUUUGCACACGUUAAGGGAGCAAGUUAAGAAAUUAGAACAAGAUUUGGAAAUUGAGAGAAAGACAACGGGAGACUUUAAAAAUCGUAACAGUACCCACGCGCAAAAUUUAAAAACCUUAAGGACUCGCGUGACGGAGUUGGAGAGUGACAAGCGGGACGUGGAACAUACGAACGCUGAAAUGCAGAAGAAGAUAAGAUUGCUUCAAGACCAGUUGAAACACAAGGAAAUGCAAUGGACCAAGGAAAAGGACGAGAUGGCAAAAAAUCUCAAGCAUCAAGAAAACUUACUGCAGAAGCUUACCGCCGACAAAAACGAGUUUGAAACUAGGAUUGGACGCGUCGAAAACGCAAAAGAGGAAAUCGAAAACGAACUGGUGACGAAAAUAUCCAGUUUGGAGGAGGAACUUAACAAUAAACAAAUAGAACUGGAGGAGGUUAUUAAGGAAAAGAACGCCGCCGUUGAAAAAUGUACCGGAUUCGAGAAAUACAUAUCGCGUAUGAAGGAAGAAUCUAAGGAAACGAUGGAGAAACUCUCUUGUAGCAUUGAAUGGGGAAAAAAUGUAAGGGAAAUGUCGUCACCGGUAGCGGAGAAAUACAUGCAAGACGUUGCGAAGGAUUUACGGAUACGAGAGCUGGAAGAUAAAGUUCGCGCGAUGGAAAAGGAAAAAGAAUCUUACGCGAGAAAAAUGGCCGCGAUGAAGGAGGAGGCGAUCCCACCCGCCCAAAUGGAAAUCGAAAUAAAGAAGCAGAAGGAGAACAUAAUGAAUUACCAGUUGAUGCUCGAGGAAAGCGAGAGGAUGCUAAAGGAGAAAUCCACCGAGGUGCAGCACCUUCGCUCUGAAAUUCGUCAACUAAAGGUUCGCCAAGAAUCGUUAGAAGAACAGUUUGAGCAGUGUUCUACUGAAGAGAUGAAGAAAAUGCUCGACGAAGGACAAGCAAAACUGAUAACGAUAAGCGAAAGGUGUAUUCAAAAUGAAAUUAAGCUAGACGAGUACAAACGGCUAAUAGAGAAACAGAACGCUCAACUAGCGGAUAUGGACAACUUGUUAAGGUAUCGAGAAAAUAUGGCUAACGUGUUAAAAAUAUCCCGCAACGAUCUUUUGCUUGAGAAGGAGAGCCUUUCGAAAUAUUCUCGGGAGGCCAGAUACACUGUUUCUGAGGUUACGAAACAAUUAAAAAAUAAAGAAGCACAGCUUCAAGCUGCCCAAGAGAAAACGGCAUUUCUUGAGGCUCACGUGUGCAAACUAGAACGAGAGAUACAAGAAUUAGAGGAAAAUGUACGGUCGGCAAACGAGAAACGAUUUAAACUCCAAGAAACGGUUGGGGCACUGGAGAAGGAACUUCAACGCACCCACUUAAAAAUCAAAGAAAUGUCCCAGGGGGAACCUAGACCGUCUUUCCCUUGGAGACUGUUAGACUCUGUAUGUGACAGUAUUGUCGACGAUACGCCAAAUAAAAAAGUUUCUCAUUAUUCUGAUAAUUUGACGCAAUCGCGCCAGUUCGUAAAUAACAACAACACGUCGUCGAUAUUAAGUUCUAGUAACAAAUUGGGGACAUUUAUAGAUGACGACUCUGUUUCUAUACACACAAAUUGUCAUCACAAAGCUAACUCUAGAUCACUGAUAGGUCUUUCCCUACAGACUGUCGAUUGUAUAAAGACGAGACUCAACUUUCUUUCCGCUAUCGAUAUGCCUUUAGAUGAAGUUUCCCGGGACGACACUCCACAACACAAGUUUGUACCACAAAGACAAUCGUUAAAAAAUGUCAGUUUUGAACAAAGUAAUUCGAACGAAAAUUUACGUAAAGUUUUAGAGCUGACGGCGCAUCGGUAUGAGUAUUUGCACAAUCAGGCACAAGAAUCGUAUGAGGAUUUAACUAAAUUGGUUAAAAUGGCGGUUAGGCAAAAACGCACUAGUUUAGACAAAUAAAAUUAUUUUUUUCUUCUACGUUAUUUACGGUUAAUAUUAGAUCGACUAAAUUGUUGUGAAUUGGUCUUCAAAUAAUUUAAGAAGUAGAGCAAUUAGUGCUAAGGGAGCGAUUUAGUCGGGAUUCCUGCAAAUGCUAUACCUCCUUGAAUUAUUCUUACUUUAACAAAAUUGGCAGAAUGUUUUAAAAUCUAUUGAUAAUAUAAUUCUUGUAAAUAAAUAAAUAAAAUGUUUUUUUAUUAAAAAA